CGCAAAAUAGUGUACGACAUGAAUAGUAUCGUGUACAGUAUACACGUGUGUUGGCCUUUUGUGUGAAAUAGAGUUAAUCCGAGGCAGGCAAGCGCAGCAUGGCCCACUACCUCAAGCUCUUCCUCAGCGACGUCAAGAACGCCGACCGGUGCCGAUGGGACGAUGGAAGCAAGAAGUUUGUGAUCGGUCGGCCGCCACAGCGCUUCAAUCGCGUCCGCAUCAUGGGCGUCGUCAUCGGCGUCGCGCAGCACAUGGUCGAGAUCGACGAUGGCUCGGGCACGAUCCUCGUUCAGUCGACUGUCGCCAUGACGAUCCGCCUCGGCGACCUCAUCGAUUGCCUCGGCGAGCUCCAGCCUUUGCACCCGCGACUCAAGUGUCAAUACGUCAUUGGCAACCACAUUUACCCAGUGCAGGACCGCAACAUGGAGACCUUGCGGUUCCUCGAAAUCAUUCAGCUGUACAAGCAAUGCUAUUUUUCGGACUUGCCGGCGCCAACCGACGCGAUGGACGGCGUCACGCCACUCCCGGCCGUCGUCAAGGCGACCAUCAAGCGCAAGUUCACCACCGAGGGACUCAGCGAUUCAUUGACGGCGGCGGCGCCUCCCGCCGAGUACUUUCUAACCGUGCGCGAGGCCGAGUGCGACCGCUUCGCGAGGGGUUUGCGUCAGCUCGAGCUACGAGCCAACAAGCCACCGUACGCGAUCAUCAAGGCAAGCGACACCGUUGUCUUGAACGGAGCCUUCGUUUCCAAGGUCCGGGCCAAGCGAACGUACCCCAGCGUUGCCCACGCUCUCGCUGCGGAAGAUCCGGCGCUCCUCCUUCCAGAAGGCGUGGCACCUGCGACGGCUGCCAGCCACUUUCGCAGCUACAUCAGCGAGUACGAAGAGAAGGCUGGUGGCGUCGUCGUCUUGGAGAUGGGCAUUGUGCCGGUUGCCGAGCUCGGCGCCGAGGAAAUUGGUACGCUGAUCUACGAGCAGCUCGAAGCCGCGCCCGCUGGCCUGACGCUCGAAGAGCUCGCGGUCGCGUGUCCGCAGCUCAAGAUCCAACUGAUCCUCGACGCAGUCACCAACAUGCAAAUGGACGGCAUCGUCUACGUCGCCAACCUACGGUACCUCGUGCUGUAACCCUCCAAACCGUCGGCGACUCACUUCUUCGGCUUCUUUUUGGGCGAGUUGGCCCCC